AUGAUUAAAACCGUUUUCGGGUGGCGGAUUAACAAGUGGUUUGCCAAGUAUUUUCCGAUUUCCGUUCACAAAACCACCGAAUUACCUGCAGAUCGUAACUACAUCUUCGCUUGCCACCCUCAUGGAAUCAUUUGUAUGGGAAUUUAUGGAAAUUUUGCUACGGAGGGAAACGAAAAGAGCAAAGUAUUCCCUGGCCUGCGAUUCUUCGCUUGCACGCUUGUAUCGAACUUCAAUAUUAUGAUAAGAAGGGAAAUGCUUUUGCUGUCCGGAUUCAUUGACUGUUCUAAGGAAAGUAUAAGAAACGCAUUAGCAGGGGAGAAAAGCGGCCGUGCUGUUGUAAUUGUCGUAGGUGGUGCCGAAGAAGCACUAGAUGCUCAUCCGAACAUGCAUAAGUUAACACUUCUUUCGAGAAAAGCCUUCGUGAAGGAAGCGCUUCGUUCUGGUGCUUCUCUGGUUCCUGUGUACUCUUUCGGGGAGAACGACGUUUAUGAUCAAGUACAAAACCCGAAAGGCUCUCGUGUGCGUCGAUUUCAGACGUGGUUUAAGGAGUUGACUGGAAUAUCGCUGCCGUUUUUCUACGGUAGAGGAUUAUUCCAGCUGAACUUCGGUUUCAUGCCGCAUCGUCGACCAAUCAACACCGUUGUGGGAGCACCAAUCAGCGUCGCGAAAGUGAUUGAACCGACGGUGGAGGAAGUAAACAGGCUUCACAGUCGCUACUGUGCGGCGCUCACCGAACUAUUCGAAAUGAACAAAACCCGAUUUGGAGUACCUGAGAAUGCGAAAUUAAUGAUCGAUUAG